UGAAAAAUGAUCACCACUCCAGAUCCAUGGUCCUCCAGGCUCCAGUCUUUCACUUUUUUUAGGAAUGAAGAACAGUGAUCCUUGGACAAUAUUAUUAGGAAUUGUAGUAGGUCUUUGUGUGGCUACAGCGAUGUUGCGUGGAAGGGUUGGUUGGAGGCUGGUAUCCUCUGCUGUAGUAUGCCAAACUCCGGCGCGUUCCGUGUUCUCGUCGUCGGCACGUCGCUCAAGUGGGAAAGAUGAGGUCAGUGCUGCCCACACAGCUGCCCGGUCUGCUGCUUCCUCCAGCACACCCACUAUAUUCAGCAAAAUCAUCAGCAAAGAAAUUCCAGCAGAAAUCGUUCAUGAAGAUGAUGUGAGCCUGGCUUUCCGCGACGUUAGCCCCCAGGCGCCCGUUCACAUUCUUGUCAUUCCAAAGCGUCAAAUUCCGAUGCUGUCUGACGCAGUCGAAUCGGACAGCCAGAUCCUUGGCCAUUUACUGUGGGUUGCCAAGCAGGUUGCGGAGACCGAGAACCUUGCGAAAGGUUAUCGCAUCGUGAUCAAUAACGGCGAACACGGAGCACAGUCAGUGUAUCAUCUCCAUGUUCAUUUGCUCGGUGGACGACAAAUGCAGUGGCCGCCUGGAUAGACAGCUGGAUACGAUACGCUUAUCGCAUUGUCCUUGGCUAUCAGCAACAACCAAUAUCAUGAUGCGCGCAUCAACACAAAGCAAAAAAAUCAAAAACGAAAUCAGAAGUGUAACCUGCUCUCGGAGAAGCAACGCUAACACACGCUUGGUUUUACAAUGCCUCGACGAGUCAUGCUCUGUUUUGCAAUGCCACAUGCACGACUCCUGAUCGUUGAGGCUGCGAGUGCAGGAUAGCUGCAGGGAACAUGUAGCCAUGGACAUGGCACCACAACCCUGACAAGAAUGUGAUGCUAUUCGCUUACUGGGCCUUACAAGCAGCAUAAACACUUGUGCAAAGCAGCACAGAGAUAUUCCUCACACACAAACGCUUGUACAGUGCAUAUCGGUUAUAGCGUGGGCGUGUAAAAUAAUAUACUGCCUACAAGAAUGAACUCUCAUGUUUUCAUAAUCAUAACAUGGAUUUCAAGUGCACAUUUAUUCUUACAAGCAAUUUUAUCCCAUAGUUUUAUCGGUCCUAAGAAUGGACUUUGUGUAGCGAAACAGGCCAGUACAAAGUGUAUCGCCUGUAGUAAUACUAAUAGCAUCUGUCCAAUUCCGUUCUCAUCUGA